AACAUUGAUUGCUCCCCAAAUCUUCUUGUUUUUUUUAUAUUUAUUUUUAGGAAAACUGAUUGAUCAAGGGUCAGAGUGUAAUGGCUGAUGAUACGGAGCUGGAUUUUCCUUCUCAAACCCUGGUCUUGGUUGGAUGGACGGGCCAUGGAAAAAGUGCAACAGGGAACAGCAUCCUCGGACGGAAAGCUUUCAAGUCAAGAGCUAGCUCCUCGGGGGUUACAACUUCUUGUCAACUUGAAAGAACCGUGUUAAAAGAUGGCCAAAUUAUUAAUGUCAUUGACACUCCUGGUCUGUUUGAUUUUUCUUCUGGAAUGGAAUUGAUAAAGAAAUGUCUUAAGUUGGCUAGGGAUGGUAUCCACGCAAUCCUUGUGGUUUUCUCUGUUAGAAGUCACUUCUCACAGCAACAAGAGACUGAGCUUCGUAGCUUUCAAAACUUUUUUGGGAGCAAAGUUACGGACUAUAUGAUAGUAGUUUUCACUGGUGGUGAUGAGCUUGAAGCAAAUGAUGAAACUUUGGAAGAUUAUUUGGGGCGAGAGUGUCCACAGCCUUUAAAGGAAAUUCUCACUUUGUGUCAUGAUCGAUAUUUGCUUUUCGAUAACAAGACGAGGGAUAGAACCGAGAAAGCCGAGCAAAUUCACCAGCUUCUCUCUCUUGUUGACACUAUUAUGUUGCAGCAUGGUGGACAGCCGUAUACUGAUGACACAUCUAUCGAGUUGUGGGUUGAGUCAACGCUCAAAGAGUCUACUUCUAGACUUGAACAAAAGUUGGCAGUGGAGCAAGCUGCGCGACUAGAGGCAGAAAACAAUGUACAAAGGAUAACAAAUGAUUUAAUUCCUAAGUUGGUAGCGCAACUAGAAGAAGCUAAGAAGGAGACUGAUAAGUUGCGUAAGCAAUUAGCUGAGGUGCGGGGAAUGCUAAGGGUCGUCGUAGAAGAAAUAAAAACAAAACUUAAAAACAUCAAUGUUGAGUUAAAGCUCAAAGAGGCUACUUCUGGACUUGAACAAAAGUUAGCAGAUGAGCAAGUUGCACGACUAGAGGUAGAAAAGAAUGCACUAAAGAUGUCAAAUGAUGUAACUCUUAAGCUGGCAGCGCAACAAGAAGAAGCACUAAAGAUGUCAAAUGAUUUAACUCUCAAGCUGGCAGCGCAUCAAGAAGAAGCACGAAAGAUGUCAAAUGAUUUAACUCUUAAGCUGGCAGCGCAACAAGAAGAAGCUAAGAAGGAGAGUGAUAAGAUCUGCACGCAAUUAGCUGAGGUGCUAAAGAAUACAAAGGAUCGUCAUAAGUGUCCAUUUCUCUGACAUGAUAGCCGGCAUGGGCGGCAAUAGGUUUCUAGUGAAUGAAGUUUCUCCUUGUUCUGUUUAUACAAAUCCUCUUUCUCAUAAGGUGAAUAUAAAUUGUUGGAUCAU